UACUGUAAGUACUACGUAGAUUUUAAUAUUUUACGAGUUACUUAUGCUAGUGGUGUUAUUUAUUAAUAUUUAAUAACGAACUCGAACAUUGUCUAUUUUUAUUAAAGUGUAGGUUCGGACUGACUAUAAAACGCCUACCGAGCAUUUUAGUUUAAAAGGCCCUCAAAAUAUAACCAUAUAGGUAGGUAUACGGAAAUUAGUUAAAUUAUUCAAUGUUACAAAAGUACAAAAUGUAUUAUAAAUUGAUGUAACAUUUUUAAAAUACAGUUUUUUAAUUAACCAAACUAUGAUUUUCUAUAAUCACUUAUAGCGGUUUUGAACAUAAAAAAUUUGAUGAUUUUCUAAUCGACAUGAAUACUACAUUUUUAGUUUAAAAAAAAUAGUACCUAAGUAAAUUAUAGACUGCACAAUAUGGUGAUAAUAUAAUAUUAUUAUUAUUAAAGUGAUGCAUACAUUAUACUAGUGAUUAUAACAAUAAAAUAACAAUAGGUAUAUCAUAAAAUAUAAUAUGAAUAUAUUAUUUGAGUAAUUAAUUUAUAAUAAAUAAUUCCGUAAUUCAAUAUUAUUUUUCGGUGGACGCGUACUGCUAAUAAAUGAGUUUGGCUAUUGUUCUAUGGUUUGACAGAUCACGUACGACAUUACUACCUAAUUUUUUUUUUUAAUAAUAUUAUAACAUUUUUAUACAUUUUAUAAUUAUUAGGAGAAUAUCUAUUGGUCACACUGAUGUUUGUCUGUUAAAAAUUUAGUAUUUACAAUUUUACAUAUCAGAUUCUCUGGUUUAUUGCUUAUUAUCAUUUAACAAAUUACAAACCAGAUCUUAGUCCGUGGUAUAAACAAACGAACAUCCUAUUACAUAGGUCAUAGGUGCACAUAAUGUCAUAAUAUUAUGUGAAUUUAUGAUUUCUAAAGUUAUUACUGACCAUUACAAUUGUUAUUAAAAUCAAUGCUAUUAUCAUUUGUCAUUCAAUCGACUGAAAAUAACAAAAAUUAGAGUUGUAUUGCAAAAUAGCCUCAAUCGUGUUGGGUGAGAUGAAGAUGUUAAAAACUUUACAAUUUCAUUUUUUAAAAAUAAAUACAAUUGGAAUGAGUAAACGUUGUUUAUGGCAAUGGAUUGAUGACACAUUCAACCGCUUGGAUGAUGAUCGUAUCAAGGAAAUUGGCCCUAACUUGGCAUGUGCUGAAUGGCUUAUGAAAAAUGGUGCACAAGUUAGAUGGAAAGGUUGUAAAGAAUUUGUCAGUCAUUACAAUUGCUUACCUAAUGUAACAUCAUGUAACCUCGGACAGUUUCUAAUAGAACAAGUUUAUGCUGGAAAAGAAGCUUCAAUCUCACAUAUAGGAUUUAAUUAUUUUAAAAACUGUAAAAAUAUUUCUAAAGUGGAAUUUGUUGGAUGUAACACGAUUGAUAAUGAAGCAUUAAAUAAACUUAAUAUCUUGAAAGAUUACUUGACUAGUUUGAAAAUUAAUGGCUGUAUAAACGUUUCUGAUCAAGGAAUAAUGUCAUUAGAACAGCUCCAGGCAUUAAAAUAUUUGGAGUUGAAAAAUUUACAAUUUUUAAGUGAACCAGAAGCAACAAUUGAUCAUCUGAAAAGAAAGCUGCCAGAAUGCAAUGUACAAUAUUAUAAUGAAUGACAAUAAUAAAAGAUAAAAACAAAAACAAUUUUUAAAUUAUAGAGCUACCUGAUACAAAGAAACUAAUUCUACUAUACCUAACUAUUUUCAGUGUAAUUAAUUAUCAUAUAUGACUGAUAUUUUAGUGUAAAAAGUAUUUAGAUUACUAAUAAUAAAAUACUAAUUCGAAAAACACUUAAAAUUUAUUUAUUUUACCUCUUAAACCUUAUUUACAAUGUAUAUUUUUAUUUAAAAUUAAAAACAGACUUUGUUUAAUGUAUAGCAAUAAACACAAUGACUAGUGAUCAGGUGGUUAAAAGACACAUGGAACUGAUUAAUAGGUACCGAUUUAUACACAGGUAUUAUUAGAAUGUUUGGUCAUACAAACAAUAUUGAUGAUAUUUCAAUUGAGAACCAAUAUUGUUUUUUUGUGUAUAAAAUAAUUUAUAAAUAUGCAUUACAAGUAAUGA